AUGGCCUCACGCGGCGACGAUCGGCCCUACAAAGUCGUCUACUCUACCCGUGCCCGAGACCCAGCUCCAGAUCCAGAUGCCAAUGCCGCGCCCCUCCACAAAUCCCGACGUGAAGUCGGUUACGAGUACGACUAUCCCCUUGAGAAAUCUUCCUCGCGUGACUAUCGGUUCGAAGUCGACAGACGACCCCGGCCCAGUGAGCAAACCUAUCCUGAAGCCAUUUCGUUGGGGUCGGCUUCGGCUGGCGGCACCACCAAAAUAAAGUAUGAAGUGGGCAGGGCCAAAAACGCCGAUGUCUACGUCAAACGAUCCAAUACUCUAGUCAUCGAGCGGCCUGGAAACAAUGCCCGUUAUGGUUCUGAGUACGAAGUUCUUCGGCCAGAAAGGAGAGAGGACGGGUCUUACGUGGUCGAGAUUGGAGGGCGAGGCCCACGAGGCCCCCGAGGCUAUGUUGACCGCGACGUGGAUAGUUCCGAUACCCCAUCCCGCGCAAGCUAUUCUGGCGCCCCCAAGUCUUCACGAGGUGACGAUAUUGCCAUUUAUGAGACGUCUCGACGACCGGGACUCGGAGAUCGAGAUUGGGAUCGGGAUCGGGAUCGAACAGUCCACCAGUUCAGCUACAAAGACGUUGAGAUCGUGGAGGAUCCGGACGAUGACCCGAGAUAUUGGCGGGGCCGAAGACCAGAAGCUCAUAUGGACAGUGCCGCCCCUCCCAAGCGCCGCAAGAGCGCCAUGCGAGGUAGGAACAACACUCCUCCGGAAGUGCUGGGAAGCAAACGAUCUCAGAGUGUGGGCUUCUACCGAGACCAAGUCAGCGACCACGACGCCAGCGAACAACGCCAUGAACGGCCUGGCGCUGAGGCUCGCAUCACCGGCCGGUAUCUGAGAAGCCACCCAGACGAUGAUGAUGACUACGGCCGUGCAGGCAGGUCCCGACUCAGAGAUGACUACGGUCCUCAACGAAGCGACUUGCGAUUGAAUGAUUACGAAUAUGACAACGACCGAAGCACAUAUACGGAAGAAACGAUGCGACGAUACGAAUAUGAAGAUGACGAGCGCCCGGCUCAUCCUACGCGGCUACGACACUCGAAAACAUAUCGCCGUGACCAACGCGACGAUGAUGACCGGUCGGCUUACUCUGGCUUCGAAAGCAGGAGCAGGCAUGGAUAUUAUAGAUAG